AUGCCUCCACGGACAAAAAACGUCUACGCAGCGGGGACCUUAAUUCUAUGUAAGCACAAGGACGUCUUCUAUGAAGCGAAAAUAAAUGACGUGAAGGACGCCGGGGGUCCGGACCCCAUUUAUGUUGUACAUUACCAGGUUUAAUUUUGAAAUUUAAGUUUUUCUCAUUUGGAAAGUUUAGGGCUGGCACAAACGAUACGAUGAGGAGAUUCCACACUCGAAAACAGAUGAAAUGUUUCGGGAGUCGACCAAGGAGAAUAUUGUGCAGGCGAAGGUGUGCAUCUUGUAUUUAUGGCAAUAAUAGUUUUUAAAAUUAUUUUUUUUCUGAAAAUAUGCAUUUUACUUCUAAUUUCGUGCUUUUUCAGGUUGAGCGCGACGCUUUGACGAAGAAGAAGCGCAAGUCACGUGCCGAGGACGAUGAGGUAUUAUAUUCUGAUUUUUGCGCUAUUGUUGAUGUGAUAAUCUUUCCAGUUGCGGAAGAGCGAAACAGGCAGCCGGACGACGUCGCCUAGCGACCGCGCCGGCAGUCAUCCGGCCAGCAUCGCCAGUGUUAAAGGUACUAAUUGCGCUGAUAAGGAUAAAAGAUCAGCAACUUUUUUGAUUUCUUUUUAUUUUGUUUCUGAAGCUUCCCGAAGAAUUUUAUUCUCUUUUUUUGCGUGAUUUCUCUUGUUUCUUCGUAUGUUUUCACGAUCUCACUAUCUAGUUUUUUUAAUAGGACAUUAAAAAAAGUGGAAGUUAUCGAAAAAAAUUAUUUUUUUAAGGGGCUUCUUUUAAGGCUCCCUACUGUACAACGUGAAAUAAAAUUUACACUUGAAAAAAAAGAGGGCCAUAAUUUCUUUUUAACUAAUUUUUAUAGGUUCAAGUUUCUCACGCAUUAAAUGAAAAAUCAGAAUCUCGCUCUAACUUUCUAGAUUUUUAAAAUUUUCAGGUACUAGUCUUCUAAAUAACAAAUCUCUUGAAAUUUAAAUUAAUCUUUUUUUUGUUUAAUUGAUGCUAUAUAGUCAAGUUGAAGAGAAUUAGUUCAAGUUAAAAAUAUAUAAUUUCCGAAAAGGUUUAGGGAAAGCUGUGAAGAGGAAGGCCACAGAGGCGGGUCAUUCCAAGGAGCCCAAGCAGUUGGAGGUUCUUUUUUGAUUAUUGAUUGAUUUGGCAUAAAUUUUUUCUCGAAACAGAUGGAAAUGAUGCUUCCAAAGCCACUGCGACACAUUCUCGUCGAUGAUAACGAUUUGGUGGCCCGACACAAUUUGGCGAAACUUCCGGCCCGACACUCCGUCCGCGACAUCGUCAAUGAUGUAUCUUUUAAAUUCAUCUCAAAAUUGAAAUUUCGCAUUUUUCAUCAAAAAAUACGGUUAUACAAUCAAUUUUUUCGCACUUCUUUAUGAAUUAAUGACAGAAAAAAUUUAAAAAAGAACAGAAAAAAAAUUUGGAAUUUGGAUGCUAAGAAGAAAAGACAGAAAAAUGGAGAUGCAUAUUGUCUAUAGAACAACUUUACUGCAAAACACGUUUUUGACGGGAAUCCCAACUUUUUUUCCCUUUGAAAGCAAAACUCUUCGAUUGAAGCCCUUCCGUGUUUAUAUCCGAAUGGUUUACAGUACACGAAGUCGUUGGGACUGUCAGAAGAAAACACGCGAGUCGACGAAGUCGUCGUGGAGUACGACAACGGGACGACGACCGACACUUCUCUGACCUCCUUGGUCUGCUCGGCGUCGGGUCUCGUCGACUACUUCGACGUUUUGUUCGCGUCAGUUUUGUUUUACCAAUUUUGGAUUGAAAACUGUAGGGAUUUCCGUGGUACGGAGUUACUGUUUGUUUUAAAUGAUGGAAUUUUGGAUUUUCACUGAGUCGCUGUUAUUCCUGGAGAAGGGCUUGAAUAACAGAAUUCUUGAGUUGAAAUAAAAUCAGUUUGAAUCCUAGGAGGUAGUAUUGACAGUUUAGGAGAACUUGAAAGGUGGUUCUGGGGGCUUUCAAAAAUGUUUUUUUCAGGUAUUCUGGUGACUAACUUGAUAAUUGUAAAUUUUUGUGAAUUUUUAGAUUAAAUUUUUGUGAAAUAAAAUCUGUAAAAAAAUAAAAAAAUUUUUUUGAAUUAGUAAUGUUUAAAAUGUUCGUCCUUAUGUAUGUUGGCCACUGAUUUCAAAGAGAGUAUAACAAACUUCUUUUUUUCGCUUUUUUCGUACGUAAAUUGAGUUAUCAACAAGUUAAUCACUAAAGUAGUCUAAAAAAAAUCAUAAUCGAUAAUUUCGCACCACCGAAAUCCCAACAAGAAAAAAAGCUUUCAUGCUUGAAAUGGGGCGCCGGCUUUGAAAUGAACCAGUUUUUUGUUGGUGAAGCUUUUUCGAAUAGAGAUAUAAAGCUCUCAUUUUGCAGAUACCAACUGCUGUACAAGCAAGAACGACUCCAGCUGCAGCGGAUCAUCGACGAACAGAAGGCGUCGACCGAAGGACCGACCUCGAAGAGAAGACGCAAGGAGCCCGUCUCCACGUCUUCAGGUCCUUCUGAAUAUCCUUUCGCUCGAUUUUUCAUAUCUAACUCACAAUAAUAUUUUUUCAAAAUCUGCCAUUACCUCCCCCCACAAUAAGCCUUUCUAAAUUAAAAUCAAUGCUACUUUCCUGAAGUUAAACAUUGUUUAUAUUUUUCAAACGUUAGUCCUGGCUAGGGAACGUUUUUUAGCAUCCUGUCAUUCUACUUAUGUUUGGGAAUUUUCUUAAAGUAAGUCAGUCUGUUCCUUGAGGUACCAAAUGAAGGUCCUGAAAAUUUCGACUAGGAAAAAUUUUUUUAAUCCAAAAACAAGGAGUCAAAGUCUUUAAAAAGCCUAUUUUGAGCAAUUUUUUUACUGAAUACAUUUUUAAUGAUUUUAUAAGAAAUACAGUUAUAGAGAGUUUUAUUUAUUCGAAAAAUUGAGCAGCUAACGCAGUUUGAAAAAAAAAACUUGGAAAAUUAAUAAUUUUCCGGUUUCAAGUUCGAAUUUUCUAAAAAAAAACUGAAUGGUCUGCUUUUUGAACGAAUUCAACUUACCCUAAAAGUGACAAUGAGUUUUAGAAGUUACGGAGGACGAGUUCAAGCCGUCGACUGUCUACGGUCUUCCGCAUUUGCUGCGACUUCUCACGAGAAUGCCCACACUGUUCAAACUGUCCAAUUGGAACGACCAUCUCAUCAAGGUGAAUCGACGUAGAAAAGUUGAAUAAAAAGUCUGGAAUCUGUGAAAAACACAAAAGCCGUUUAAUAAUAGAGAUUUUUUUAUUUAUUUUUCAAUAUCUAUAAUGUCUAAAAUGUUCUUAAAAAUGUCAACAUUAUUUUCCGGUCAGUUACUAUCGGAAAAAAGAGUCUUGUGAACGUUUUAUACAAAUAACGAACUAUCUGGCUUCAGUUAACCAUCUUAACCAGAGUAUUAAUCAACAAAACUAAAUUUGAAAAACGUGGUGAAGAGUUUUUUUCUUUGAAAAUAAUGUAGAAAAAUUUUUCUUCUUAAUUUUUUUGAAUUCCAAAUUUCGCUUUUUUUAAACCUUUUUGUUCUUACUGUGAAAAAUAAGUUGGGAGUCAACAGGGCAUCUUAAAUCGAAGAGUUUUCGCUUAACUCUGUUAAAGUUUUUUCUCACCCUUGUGCCUCAUUUUAUGCCUAAUCUCGCUACGUGUUUUAUUGAAGGAAAGUUAUCCAGAAAUAGUGAAUUAUUUAUAAAUAAAAUUUUCUCAUUGAUAGUUUUUUUCUGACCUCAAAAAAUAAAAUAUAACGUAAAUCUUGAAACCAUUGUUCUUUUUUACACUGCCCUUUUCGGGCUGUUUUUCCAAUCGCUCAAAGUUUUUAUACGAGAUUCUAAAGUAGAACUUGAGCUUUCCAUGAAUGUCGGAAACGCGUUUCAGAUGAUGUCGAACACGAUCCACGACUUUGUCGUCUUCCUCAACAAGAACCACACCAAGUACCACAACGGGGCGACCGACUACGAGGAAGCCUCCGCCGAGUACAUCAAACAACAUAAUCAACUCUCCUAA